AUGCAAAACCAAUCCGAACCCAAACCGUCAACACGUAACCCCUCGAAGUGUCCCAUCAUCCGUUGUCCCACGGUGCUUUCGGAAACGGCUCUCCUGGAUCACCUGCUGACCGAACAUAAGAACAUUGACCUGAAGCCAGUGGAAGCCGGUGAGAAAGCCGUCCUUUCCUUCCAGGAGUCCAUCUUUCCACAUGGUCAACCAAUUUGUAUGGGUCUUGUGCUGUACGGCGGAAAAGAUGAACGGUCCAGACCAACUCAAAUGGGAUUUUCCCAAAGGAACUCCAUCCUUUCGUCAAACAACCUUGUCUACGAGAAUCAUUUUCCGGUACUGGUCAUGGGUUGCAAGACUCACCUGACGGAUAUGUUGGCAGACGAUGAGAUACCGGCGGAGAUCUACAACGACAUCUGCCAGAGACGGGAAGCUGCACAGGAUGGAUCCGACCCGGAGAAGGAUAUCUUUGUACUGUGGCUGAUUGGUCCGAGCGUGACCCGACCGGUGUACGGGGACUUGACCAUCAGCGAUUCGGAGCGGAUCAACGUGAGAGGUUGUCGGAUGCAGGUUCGGGACUUUAAGGAUUUUUUGCUACCGAAGACAUUUCUGAGCAAGGGGUUGGACUAUUUGAUGGUGAACCGUGGUGGAAUGAAUCUGCUGACCCGGAAUGGUAAACAGGCGUUGGAGAUGGAGGUUUUCGUGGCGGAAUGA